GAUUUAGCAACACUGGCACCGGGUUUCUGUGUUGUCGUGCGAGGGCGAGAAACAGGGAGCUUUGCCCAGGGUAGGGCUUCGUUGGCUGAGCGGUGGAAAGUCCUUGGGGCUUUAGGACACGACAAUCAUGCCGACAAUCAAGACCUUCGACUUCUACCGAAAAAUCCCUUUGGAUUUGACGGAAACAACACUGCAGGGAGCGGUGAUGUCUGGGUGUGCGCUGUUUUGCAUGCUCAUCUUGUUCCUGUGCGAGCUGCGAGCGUUCCUCACGCCGGAGGUUUACACCACAGUCGCCAUCGACAGCAACCAAGAUUCGAAGCUGCGCAUCAACUUUAACAUCACAAUGCUGGCGCUGCCGUGCGACUACGCUAGCGUCGACGUGCUAGACCUCCUGGGCACCAACAAGGUCAACAUGACCCAGAACAUCGUCAAGUGGCACACAGACGAGAACGGCGUGAAGCGAGAGUUCCACGGGAGGAAUAAGGCGCAGGAGAUGGUCAAGCACGACGACCACCACCGCGACCUUGACUUGGCGCACGAGGACGGAGAGCACGCGGUGCCGCUCACGAGCUCCAACUUCAAGGAUUUCAUCCAGGGCAACGACAACGUCAUGGUGGACUUUUUCGCUCCGUGGUGUGUGUGGUGCAUCAAGCUGGCGCCAACUUGGGAGGCCUUUGCGGAGGAGGUCGAAAGGGAUGCGUCGUUGAACGGGAAGCUCAUGGUGGCAAAGGUGGACUGUGUGGAGGAGCGAGAACUGUGCUCUACGCAAAACCUCAUGGCUUUCCCCACCAUCCGAUACUUCAAGGGUGGUGUGCAAGAUGGCACGGACUACUCCAAGGAUCGUUCCGUGACUUCUCUUGUGCAGUACGCCCAAGCUAAGGUUGGAGGAGAUGAGAAGGCCUUGAGAAGGUAUGGCCGACUCAAGCAGGACUAUCCCGGGUGCCAGCUAUCCGGCUUCAUCAUGGUGAACCGCGUGCCAGGAAAUUUCCACAUCGAGGCCCGGUCGGCGCUGCACAGCAUCGACCCUACCGCUGCCAACAUCAGCCAUGUGGUUAAAACCCUCAAGUUCGGGACCCAGGUCCCCGUUAGGGGUCGGCGGGUGAUAGAGUCAGGAGUGGAACUGGAAGGCCUUCCCGCCCUCGAGGACAGGGUUUAUUCCAUCGACAGCCUCCACACCGCUCCACACCACUACAUCAAGGUGGUGUCGACGUUCGUGGGGGGUCUUGCUAAAACAGACAACCUGCAGUACCAGAUGAUGGUCUCCAGCCAGACCAUGCCCUACGAACAGGACCAGGUGCCGGAGGCGAAGUUCAGCUACGACCUGAGCCCCAUGAGCGUACACAUCAAGCAGCGGCGUCGCAAGUGGUACGACUUCUUGACAUCGGUGCUGGCCAUCGUGGGGGGCACCUUCACCGUGGUCGGCGUCCUAGACAACAUCCUUUUCCGGGUGGUGAAGCAGAAGAAGAUCUAGGUAUUUUCGUCAUCUCCGUCGUCCGUCUAAACUAUGACGUCACACGGUGCUCGGGGCAGAGAGGGAGGAACCAUAGCAGCAGUUGUUCUCCGUACCUUGGUGCCAUCGGAGACGUGUAGGUAGCACUUUUGUCGCGCUCUUUUUAGAAGGAAAGUUGGGCCGGACCGACGCAAGAAAAUCGAUACCCCCGAAAACCGUUUUUCACAAGAGAACGUGGGAUUCAUUGUGUGGUGUCCUGCGCGAGCGAGGUUUGGUCGGGAUCCUUUGCGGAAAAACCGUGGUACAUUCAUUGCCUUGAGCUUAACAAAACGUUGAGGUCAGUUAUUCCUGGUGCUUGACACCGUACGGGAUACGGGAUACGGGGGUUGGGGGGGACACCCGCCUGUUGGGGGGCUUUUAUUUCGUAGAGCGUAGUUGCUCGGGCGGGGCCCUGAAAUAUGCCUAUCAAGUCUGUCUUUGUAUUGUUCUGUGAGCUCCGAAGAUGUAUAAUUUUUUGUGUGUUCUGCAGACACCUCCUGCUCCCUCCUUUUUUUGCCGCGUUGAAGGCCUGUGGCGGACUGCAGGUCGGGGUCGCUCAGCUCGCUGAGCGCGAUGCACGACGGAGACAUGCGUCCAAACAAUGCGCUGCUUGCUUGUGACAUUGGAGUGACAGGGAGCGGGCUCUUGGUUGACCACGCAGUUUUUGUCGAAAUAAGGAUUUUUUUUUUUUUUCGCACUCACUCGCGUACGGAACCAUGGUGGAAUUUGGGACAGGCGAUUAUUGUUGUCCUUUGGUCUCUCCUGCUACUGCAAUCUAGCGCAUGAUUCAGGCUCUGCGACACAACUAUUAUACCAUAAGACGCUGUUUAUUUUGUUGUGCUUGGCCCUCUUCGUGACCCUUCAUGAGAAACAUCGAGACACGAGGAGUCAACCUUCUUGCACCCGGUGCGCUCGUGCAUGACAUGAUUCGCGUAUUGUAUUCUACAGAAGUAUGCGCAUAAUGUACAAGAAGAUUUGAAGUUUUUC